UGAGACGGGCACCCGUGCACCCCGGAGACCAUGAUCCUGCCCCGCGCGCUGCCCCUGCUGCUGGCCAUGCUGCUGGUGGGGGCGGGCAACGCCGCCUUCCCCGAAGAGCCCGGGCCCCUGAGCGUGGCCCCCGAGGACUAUGUCAAGCAGUACUCGGUGUUCGUGGGCCACGGCUUGAGCCGCUUCUCAGGCGCGGAUGGCGCCGGGGCCGAGCGCCUCAACAUCCAGCGCAUGCUGAAGGUCAACCAGACGCUGUACAUCGGAGACAGGGACAACUUGUACCGUGUGAGCCUGGAGCCUGCCACCACCAGCGAGAUGCGCUACCAGCGGAAGCUGACGUGGAAGUCGAACCAACAUGACAUCAACAUCUGCCGCAUGAAGGGGAAGCACGAGGCAGAGUGCCGGAACUUCCUCAAGGUGCUGCUGGUGCAGGACCCGGGCACCCUCUUCGUGUGCGGCACCAACGCCUUCAACCCCGUCUGCGCCAACUACAGCAUGGACAUGCUGGAGCCCAUUGGAGACAAUGUCAGCGGCAUGGCCCGGUGCCCCUACGACCCCAAGCACGCCAACGUCGCCCUCUUCACAGGCGGGAUGCUGUUCACAGCCACAGUGACGGAUUUCCUGGCCAUCGACGCCGUGAUCUACCGGAGCCUGGGGGACAGUCCCACCCUGCGCACUGUCAAGCACGACUCCAAGUGGUUCAAAGAGCCCUACUUCGUCCAUGCUGUGGAGUGGAAGAGCCACGUCUACUUCUUCUUCAGGGAGAUCGCCAUGGAGUUCAACUACCUGGAGAAGGUGGUGGUGUCACGGGUGGCGCGGGUGUGCAAGAAUGACAUGGGCGGCUCGCAGCGCGUGCUGGAGAAGCAGUGGACGUCCUUCCUCAAGGCCCGGCUCAACUGCUCUGUGCCGGGCGACUCGCACUUCUACUUCAACGUCAUCCAGGCCGUCACCGACAUCCUGGAGCUGGACGGGCGGCCCGUGGUGCUGGCUGUCUUCUCCACACCUGCCAACAGCAUCCCUGGCUCGGCCGUCUGCGCCUUCGACAUGGCCCAGGUGGCGGCCGUCUUCGAGGGGCGCUUCCGGGAGCAGAAGUCCCCUGAGUCCAUCUGGACGCCGGUGCCUGAGGAGCUGGUGCCGAAGCCACGGCCCGGGUGCUGCGCCGCCCCUGGCAUGCGCUACAACUCCUCCAGCGCCUUCCCCGACGAGAUCCUCAACUUCAUGAAGACGCAUCCGCUGAUGGAUGAGUCGGUGCCAGCGCUCGGCAACGCCCCCUGGAUCAUCCGCACCAUGACGCGGUCCCAGUUGCGCAGGAUUGUGGUGGACAGCGCGGCGGGGCCAUGGGGCAAUCACACCGUGGUCUUCCUGGGCUCCGACACUGGCACCAUCCUCAAGUUCCUGAUCAAGCCCAACAUCAGCGCCAGCCCCUCAGCCGCCGGCAUCGAGAGCCAGAGCCUGCUGCUGGAAGAGUUUGAGACCUACUCCCCCGGGAGGUGCGGCAGAGACAACGCAGACGAGAGGCGGCUGCUGGGCAUGGAGCUGGACAAAGCCACGGGGUCCCUGCUGUUGGCCUUCCCGCCCUGCGUGGUGCGGGCACCCAUCGCCCGCUGCCAGCAGCAUGCCAGCUGCAUGAAGAACUGCCUUGGGAGCCGGGACCCCUACUGCGGCUGGACCCCCGAGGGCUCCUGCCUCUUCCUGGAAGCCAACACCAGAGCUGCAUUUGAGCAGGACAUCGCAGGCGGCAGCACCUCCCACCUCGGGGACUGCGAGGGGCUGGUGACCGAGAGCUUCAUGGACGAGCCGGACGGGCUGGUCUCGGUGAACCUGCUGGUGAUCUCCUCGGUGGCUGCCUUCGUCAUCGGCGCGGUGAUCUCGGGCUUCAGCGUGUGCUGGUUCAUCGGGCACCGGGACCGCAAGGAGCUGGCGCGGCGCCGCGACAAGGAGAACAUCCUGGCGCACAGCGAGUCAGUGGUGAGCGUCAGCCGUCUGGGCGAGCGGCGGCCCCGGCCCGGCCCCCCCGAGAACCUGCUGGCACCGCUGAUGCAGAACGGCUGGCCCAAGGGGCUGCUCAAGGUGGGGCAGCCCGACCUGGAUUCGGGGGUGCUGCCCACGCCCGAGCAGACUCCGCUGCAGCAGAAGCGCUGCCCUGGCAGCCUCAAGAACUGCAAGUGGGAGCAGAGCCACAACCUCAUCAACGCCUCCCUGCGGGACCCUGGCUGCCCCGGCUCCUCUGUCAUCCUGCUUCACACCGGCCACCCCCAGGGGCCCCCCCACAUCCGGGCCGGGCAUGGCAUGCCCAUGGCCUGCCGCUCUGUGCUCAUGGACCAGGAGCUGGAGGACGAGGGGAGCGACUCCUCCAUGGACAUGCACUACCUGCCGGUGAGUGGGGGCCUCGAGCAUGGCGAGGGGCCCCGGCCCCAGCCGGCGCAGCCCCCCGCCUCCCACCGGCCCGGCGUGGGCAGGGGCUCCUACGGCGAGUUCCCCAUCACGCCGCAUGCCAGCCCGGACCGGCGCCGGGUGGUGUCGGCGCCCGGCGGGGAGGCCGGGGACUUCUGCGAGGGCAGCCCCUGGAACCCCGACAAGCUGAACUUCAACAGCAACAAUGCAGCCAGCAAGGCGGCUGCCCACCUCAAGAGGAACCACACGUUCAACAGCGGCGAGGCGCAGGGGGGCUAUGGCCGGCCCGGCGGGGCCCCGCGGGCACACCCACACCCGCACGCCCUCACGGACCUCAGCCACCUCCUCAAGUACGGCAUCGAGCGGACUCCCUCCGUUAAAUAGGAGCCGGCUGCCCAGGGGGUGUGGCUUGGUUUGGUGCCCGCCUCUCAGGGGGCGGGGCUCCAGAGAGGGGCGUGACCCAGGGAGGCUCCUCCCCCCAAGACCUGCGUGUCUCCAGGAAGGACUGUAGGGGGCGCUGGAGAGCAGUGGGGCCGGGGACGGUGGGCGAUGUGGGUCUUGGACUGUGCCCUCUGCCCACCCCAGGUGCCCCCACUGUCCCCCGUGGGGCCUGGCAGUGGCAGGCCCGGGGUGAGGAUUUCCUACCCAGCACAAGGCGCCGGGGGCUGGGACCCGGCUGGGGGACCUGGGCAUCCCCCCACUCGCCUGCUUCUCCUUUUUGUACUGGAUGCGGGGGGCCGGGCUGGCAC